AUGCUGCACAGAGUGAAUCCAGUGAUCUCCGGAGCGAGGUUGAUCAGAUCCGAAGGCUCAAGGAUCCACUCCCGCCUUUCAUCCUCAUGCACCCACUCCCUCCACAGACUCCAGAAUAAGUCUCCUCUGGCUCUCCUCCAAGGUUCCAGCCGUGGGAGCGGCGCCCUCAGAGGUUCCCGGGUCACGUUCACGCGCGCCUCCUUCUCGUCCCAUAACGGCUCAGCAGCUAUCCUUCCAACAGAGGCAAACAACAUCUUUUCAAGAGAUAACCAGGACCAGGACGAUAGCGCGACCAACAGCAGUGGGACCGCAGGAUUCUUCACAACCAGUAGCUCCGCAUCAGCAUCGUCAUCACUAGCGCCCGAAGGGUUCCGGGACUAUAACAUCCGCUGGAAGGAGGUCAAGAUGCCAACAUUGACAGGAGUGGUACCCAUCUACAUGGAUUUGGCCAAGGCACGCCUCGGAGCCCUGGUGACGCUGACGACGAUGAGCGGAUAUGCCAUGACCCCAGCAGCAGACGACCUGUCGACACUUUUCUCUCUAACGGUCGGAACCGCACUCUGCAUCACUUCGGCCAAUGCCUAUAACCAGUUUGUGGAACCACCGUACGACGCACAAAUGUCGAGGACACGGAACAGAGUUCUGGUCCGCAAGGCGGUCUCACCAUUGCAUGCCUGGUCCUUUGCAACGGCGACGGGGCUCGGAGGCAUCGGGAUUUUGGCUACGAUGGUCAACCCAUUGACGGCAGCCCUCGGAGCAGCCAAUUUGGUCCUCUACGCAGCCGUCUACACCCCCAUGAAGCGCAUGUCGAUCGUCAACACAUGGGUCGGAUCGGUUGUCGGAGCUCUCCCACCCAUGAUGGGCUGGGCUGCAUGCACUAAUUCACUCGGUCCGGAAGCGUGGCUCUUGGGUCUGAUCCUCUACGCCUGGCAGUUCCCUCACUUCAACUCUUUGGCAUGGAACCUUCGCGCGGAUUACUCCAAGGCCGGCUACCGUAUGAUGUCCGUCACGGAUCCCAAGCUCAACGCCCGCGUUAGUCUUCGGUACUCGCUCGCCUUGAUCCCUCUGGUCACCUUGGCUCCUUAUCUUGACAUGACGACCUGGUGGUUCGCAGUCGACGGUAACAUUGUCAACGCGGUCAUGUUGGCAGGUGCAGCCAACUUUUGGCGGAAGCGUGACGACAAGAGCGCGAGACAGUUGUUCUUUGGAAGUUUGAUCUACCUGCCCGUCGUCCUUGCAUUGAUGAUGUUGCACAAGAAGGUCAAGAAGGCGGAGGAUGAAGCUGAGGCUAAUGCUGCUGCUGCCUUGACUUCUGUUGUGAGUACAUCGUCCGCUGUUGUGGAAGAGGACGAUGAUGAAUAUGAAUACGUCGAUGUCGAUGAGGACGACGACGAGGAACAUCAUACGAGCCCCACAAGCGUACAGAAGAAGCUCUAA